CUGCUCUUCUUGGCUGGCUCAGGACUCCCUCCUUGCUCUCCAGCCAUUUUCAGAAUGGCAUUCCUCAUUUCCCUUCUGAUUGGGAUCCAAAUCUUGUGCUCCCUGGCUGUUUCUCCACCUCGGCGAGAACCUCCACCGCCACCUCCUGACCGGUUGCUUUCCCCAUCAUGUAACAGUUCGGCAGUAAAGAUAGCUGCAGAUCUGGCCCUUGAAAAGCUCAAUGCAGACCGCAGGGAAGGCUACGUGCUUGGACUCCAGCGAAUCUUCGAUGUCCAUCAACUUCGAUGGCAAAGCACUGGUGAUGUUUUUUAUCUCACUUUGGAUGUGCUGGAAACAAAUUGCCAUAUCCUGACCAGGAAAUCCUGGAAGGAUUGCAAAUUCAGACCUCCGCAUGAGACGGUCUACGGACAGUGCAAAGUAACUUUUUACAUCAACAAGCCGUGGAGAAUUCUUCACCUGUACAACUAUGAUUGCGUUUUACGCCCACUUCCAGCAUCCGCUAUUACAAAAUUUUGCCCUGACUGCCCAAUCCCUCUGGACCCAAGUGAGCCCAGGUAUCAAGAGGUGGCUACUCUGAGUCUUGCCAAAUUCAAUGCAGAAAGCAACCAUGUCCAUUACUUCAAUGUCCGCAAUGUCACCAAAGCACGGUCACAGUGGGUUGUCGGUCCUUCAGACUUUGUGGAAUAUAUUAUCCAGGAGACAUCCUGCUCCAAAAGCAAGGCUGUGACUGACCUCUCCAACUGCCCGUUCCUCCCAGAUGAAACUGCAGAAGUGGGUGUAUGCAGAGGCUCUGUGAUAGAUAGUCAGAUUGAACGUAAAAAGCUUACCUCAGCAGAAUGUGAAAUUUUCCACAAACAGCCCCAAGUCACCGAGGGUGAACAGCCUGGCAAGAGGAAAGGAGGACACCGGGAUGGUGGUGAAAGCCAUGAAGGUGAUGGAGAUUCCAAAUCUAGAAAGAACGGACAUCGUGAUCACCACCAUCAACGUCAUCACCCACAUGACCGUCGCCAUGGGGAUCACUCACAUGACCAUGCAGGCCACGGGGAUCACUCACGCGAUCAUGCAGAACACGAGCAGAAUCCUCCCACUACAGACACUUUUCAGAUUCCGACAGAUCUGGGAAAGACAGUGGGACGGGUGAAAGUCCUUCCUCUAUCUAACACUCGUGUGCCUGUCGAUUCCUUACCAGAAAUUGGAGCUGAGCAAUUAGAUGGUAUCCCCGUUCCUCCAGAAUCACAGCAGCCAAAACCCAACCCCAGCCUGCCGGAUAUACACGGUGCUCCUGAGGGAAGUCGUCCACUGGGCAAACCAGGCUUGACCAAGCCAGCAAAGCCACUCUCCCCUCCUCCAUUCCCGGCUGGGUUUUCGGACUCAGACACUUGUCCAGGCGAGAUCCUAGUCUUCAUUUAUGGCCUUGAGCCUUUACUGCCUAAAAGGCCCGUUGAAGUGUCACCAACAGGGGCUGCUGAAUUCCAAGAAAAAGUAAAACACUGAAAGGCUGGUCAUCUUGAGUCUCACUAUGGGCCAAGCUACACGUGACAAACGACACUUGAACGGCAAGUGGACAGACUCACGUGUAUUCUUCCCGGUUCACUUGCACUCCACUUGUGCUCCGCUAGUGCAAGUGGAGCAGAGCGCAAGUGAACAGGGAGGAAUGAGUCUGUUCACUGGCUAUUCAAGUGUAAUUCGUCACUUCUAGCUUGGCCCUUAGAUUCCCCAUCCUUGCUCUGAUACCCAAGUUUUUUUAAAAGCCAGGCUAAGGGUCACUCUGAAUGUUACUUCCUUCACGAGUUCUCCCGGAAGCUGGGCUCGCCCAGACACCCAGCAAGCUCUGGUGAACAGCUAGCAUUAAAAAAGGAGAGCUGAAAUGGGCUUGGAAAGCUGCCAAUGGGGGAAGGAAAGCUCCUGUUUUUCUCCCAAGCUUUUUCCACCUCUGCGAAACCAAUUGGGGGGGGCAGUUUCCCCAUUUCUGCUGCCUCACGUGCACAAAAUACCUCCACAUGGAGCAGUUGAAAUGGGAAACUCUCCUACCCCAACACAGGGGGGAAAGCUUGGGGGAAAGGCAGGAGCUGUCCCUCCCCUGACAGCAGCUUUCCGAACCCACUUGGGCUUUUUUUUUUUAAUGCAAGCCACUCCCCAGAGUAGCUAUGGGUCUGCCUGGCACAGCGCCGUUGAGCUCUGCAGCAGGAAAAUCACCAAUUGCGCCAUCAUAAGGAAAAUUUCUCUCUUGGGUGCCAUGGUGGCUCGAGUCAAUUACACGCACAAAGCACUAUGGUAGGAAUAGAGAAUCAGGAACUACUUGCCCACCGACAAGUGCAACCAAUAGCCCUUGAGAGAAGUUCGCGGGCAAAUUAACAGACCUAUCACUACCUACCUUGUCGGCAGAGCGUCACAUCUAGCCAGUGAAAUUGCGUAAGCGCGCAAAAAACGUAAAAACAAAACAAAACAAGGCAGAAACAGGGGCCAAUGAGCCCCCCCCCCAACGUUGACUGUGAUGGGAAAGACACCUCCCACUCCCCCGUGAUUUCUGAUGGCCGUGUGAACAGCUGGGAGUGGAAUGGCACGGAACCAUACGGAAUAAGGUGUGAUUGAGCGGGUGGCUGGUAAGCGAUUGGUUUCGCCAAAGUUUCGCGAUUUCAGUCCAUGUGGAAACAGCCCAGGUUGGCUCCAUGGAGAACUCAUGAAGGAAGUCAUGUUUAGAGUGACCCUAAGAGAAACAUGUAUGGAAACAAUGGGGAGCAGUGAGCUAAGAGCCAAACUACAAGUGACAUCUUGCACAGGUUGGACACUAGUCGGCUUCCCUCAAGUUUUGAUGGGAAAUGUAGGCAUCCUAGUCUUGCAGCUGUAAUGGAGAGCCAAGCUGUAAAACCAGGGCACCUACAUUUCCCAUCAAAACUUGAGGGAAGCUGACAAGUGUCCAACCUGUGUAAGGCGUCACUUGUAGUUUGUCUCUCAGGUGAGGAAGAGGCAAGGUCCAGUACCCCUCGCUCUUUCACCCUUUAGCAAAACAGACUGAAACUGGGCCAAUUCCAGACGACUAACCUUAAAUCGCUCCAUGCUGCCCUCUUCCGGAUCGC